GGUGCCACCCCCACCCCCACCCCCCCUCGAGCUGCUGCCCGGCGCGCAGCUCCCCAGCCCCCUCCUUCUCGGAUGUGGCUGGAGCUUGAGGCGCGCAGGGCCGGAGACGCCGCAGACCCGGGACCCGGAGCAGCUCGGAGGCGGUGAAUAAUAGCUCUUCAAGUCUGCAAUAAAAAAUGGCCUCCAAUAAAACUACAUUGCAAAAAAUGGGAAAGAAACAAAAUGGAAAGAGUAAAAAAGUAGAAGAGGCAGAGCCUGAAGAAUUUGUGGUGGAAAAAGUACUGGACCGACGUGUAGUGAAUGGGAAGGUGGAGUAUUUCCUGAAGUGGAAGGGAUUUACAGAUGCUGACAAUACUUGGGAACCUGAAGAAAAUUUAGAUUGUCCAGAGUUAAUUGAAGCAUUUCUUAAUUCUCAAAAAGCUGGUAAAGAAAAAGAUGGUACAAAAAGAAAAUCUUUAUCUGACAGUGAAUCUGAUGAUAGCAAAUCAAAGAAGAAAAGAGACGCUGCUGAUAAACCAAGAGGCUUUGCCAGAGGUCUUGAUCCUGAACGAAUAAUUGGUGCCACAGACAGCAGUGGAGAAUUAAUGUUUCUCAUGAAAUGGAAAGAUUCAGAUGAGGCAGACUUGGUGCUGGCAAAAGAGGCAAAUAUGAAGUGUCCUCAGAUUGUAAUUGCUUUUUAUGAAGAGAGACUAACUUGGCAUUCUUGUCCAGAAGAUGAAGCUCAAUAAUUGUUUGCAUUGCUUUUUAUAUAUAUUUAUAUAUAUAUAUAAAAUCUGGGUCUUUGUUUUUUGAUUUAUUAGUGUGAAGAAAUAACAUUCUAAUGAAAAUCACGUUUGAUACGUUUGUUUUGAAGUAGUAUUGGGGGAGUUGUUGGGGUUUUUUUGCAUCUAUAGCACUGGUUACUUUGAACAAAUAAAAGCUUUCUGUAGUUGCUUCCUUUAUCAGAAAAAAAUAUUUGAGACCAUGGUAUAUUAUCCCCCUGCAUUAGAGAACACCUUUUCUAAAUGUUGGGGGAAAUUUCAUAGUCGUUACUCAGUCAGAAUUUGUGUUUAACUCCUAUAUGCCUGAGGACCAUUCUGGGUCUUUUGUUUAUUUAGGGGGUUUUUGUGUGUAUACUUAAAAUACAUACAUAAAUGGUUUUUGUUUUUUUAACAUUCACCAAAACAAAAACAGCAUUUAUAACCAUGGAUAAGCCCAUGUUUCUGGGAUGCUAUCAUUUUCAGCAACUUAAGAAAUCACUUAAACAAGUUUUUCCUGAAGCCUUAACCUUUCAAAUUUUUAAAUUGGACAAUUUAAAAGCAGCAAUAUCUGAAUCCAUAUUCAUAUCUACAGUCAUAAAUGCAAGUUCAUUUGCAAGUUCCCUAAAAGGAAAAUUUUAUCACCACCAACAACCUCCCCACCCAAAUGACAAAACUAGACAAGUCCUGGUGUGUUUUAAUUAGGUAAGCAAAACUUAGUUAAAUGGACAUUUAAAGGUUCCUUCUAGUGAACCAUUCCUUUUCAAGAAGUUGAAAUCUCUGUGCUGUAUUGACUAAAAGGUCAUGAUUCAUGGAAUGUCUAAGACUUUGUUCAUGGAAACCUAAUCAUAAUCAGAUGGUUAGAGAUGUUAGCAAUUUAGCUCCUGCUGGAAUAAAUGGGUGGACAGACUUUUAUAAUCCAAAUUCUUAACCUGCAUGUAUUUUCUUUAUCCCAACUCGUUCCUGACAUGUAGGCUCAGUCUUCUCAGUAUUUGAGUUACUGGUUCAGCAGAAACCAGGAAAAACAAUAACUUUGUAGUCAGAAUGUUAUCCAACUGUAUAUUGUUUACUUUAUUGUAAAUACUGGUAAACAGUGGUCAAUAAAUAGUUUUAUAUUCCUUUAUGUGAUUAGACUUUUUUUUAUCUGAUUGUCUUUCUAGUGGAAGUAGAAACAUAACCUUAGAAUCCUCUUCGUGUUUAUAAAUAACACUAAAGCAUUAGAGUACAUGUCUUUGAUCUUUUGAGCUGAGGAGUUUCAAACUUACUAGAAUAUGUCUUUUUUUUUUUUUUUUUUUAAAGAUUUUAUUUAUUUAUUCAUGAGAGAUAGAGAGAGAGAGGCAGAGGCAGAGGGAGAAGCAGGCUCCCCGCGGAGCAGGGAGCCCGACGCGGGACUCGAUCCCGGGACUCCAGGAUCAUGACCUGAGCCGAAGGCAGUCGCUUAACCAACUGAGCCACCCAGGCGCCCUAGAAUAUGUAUUUCCACAAAAAUGAAAAUUGGUUUCUUGGGAUGCCUAAGAGGAAUCUGCUUCAUUAAAAUGAAAUUUUGAUACUUAGAAUCUAGUUUGUUGAAACUUCUGUCUGAAAAACAGUUAUAGGACUGAUUCUGUUGUGAUAGACACAUUUCUACUAAUUUUCAAAAUCCAUACAGAGAAAAGGAAAUCAUUUUGCAAUAUAUAAAUAUUUAAUCCUGUUGUACACCUGAAACUGAUAGGUUACAUGUUAAUUUAUACCUCAAUUAAAAAAAUUUUUUUUAAUUCCUAUCUAUACUAAGCUAUCUAUUACUUAUCUCUAUAUACCUAGCACUGCUCUCAACAAUGGGUUCAUAUGUGGUACCAAACUCCCUGUUGAUACCAGAAAUUGGUGGCCUCCACAUUAAACUUUAGUAAGGGCAUUUCUGGAAACUAUUGUCUACAUACUACUUUUAUUGCCCCUUAUUAUUAUGUUGUAUGUUUCUUAUUGGUGCUGUAAAAAAUUGCAUCAAGCUUAAUGGCUUAAAACAACAUAAAUUUAUUACCAGUUCUGGAGGUCAGAACUCUUAAUUUGUCUCACUGACCUGAAAAGGUAUCAGCAGGGCUGAUUCCUUCUCGAGACUCUGAUGGCAAAAUCUGUUUCCUUGUCUUCUUUUCAAUAGCACAGCCAGCUGCUGUAUUAAUGAUUCCCCAACUUAACCAACUGCCAUAAGUAGGUUAGGUUAUUUGUCAUUUUUUACUAUUAAUGUAGCGAAUGUUCUUACAUAUAAUGUGUAGUGGCACUUAAGUAGAUACAGAUUCCCAUGUACUACUGAAGUCAGGCUUGCAGUGAUUUACUCUCCCCAUUGGUCACCAUUAUCCUAUAUCCCCACUUGUACUAUAAAUUUAAUAAUACUGAUCUUAACGGGGAGCCUGGGUGGCUCAGUCGUUAAGCGUCUGCCUUCAGCUCAGGUCAUGAUCUCAGGGUCCUGGGAUCGAGCCCCGCAUCGGGCUCCCCCACUCAGCGGGAAGCCUGCUUCUCCCUCUCCCACUCCCCCUGCUUGUGUUCCCUCUCUCGCUGUGUCUUGUUCUGUCAAAUAAAUAAAAUCUUUUAAAUAAAUAAUACUGAUUUUUUUUUUUUUAGCCAGUCCGAUGGUUUUGUGUUUUAAUUUGGUAUGUCUAUGAUCUUUUUUGAGCAUUCUUUUAAUGCUUAAUGAAUAUUUCCAUUUCCUUAUCUAUAAAUUGCCAAUUUUACAAAAAUUUUUAAUCGGUGCUUCUUCUUGUAGUGAGAAUAUUAACACCUAAGUUUUUUGUGUUGCAAAUAUUUUUUCCCAUUGUCUAUAUUUUGACAUGAUUUAUUGUACCUUUUUAAAAAUUUUUAUGUGGUCAACUCUUGUCAGUUUUUACACCUUCUGUUUUUCCUGUCAUGUUUAAAAAUAUUUCUCCCAUCCUGAAGUUGUAUGGAUAGUCUUAAAUUUUCCUUAUUUUCACUGUCAUUUUUAUAGUAGUCUCUAAUCAGAUUUUGUUAGAUACUGUGAUGAAGGCUUCUGAUUUUUUUUUUUUUUUUACCCCAAGAUGGACCUCAAUUCCACUGAGGUAGUGAGAUGUGUGGGUAACAAAGUUUGCCUAAUCCUAUGGAUCAAAGAAAACCAUAUGCCACUAUAAAAAUGUUGGUCAGCAUUUAAGUUUUUCUUUCUCAUAAAGGGCCUGAAAUCUGUUCAGAUACCUGGACAAGUAUUGGUGUGGCAAGAUCCCUGAGUUUUUAAUACCAUUGAGAACAGAAGGGAACACUUUGACCUGUAGCUUAUUACCAUUACCAAUAGCUACUUUUAAAACCUCUGAAGUUUUAAUUGAUUUUUCACUACUCUUUCCCUUCUCUGUGCUUUGCUUUGUGUUUGAAAACAAAUUAUAUAUCUCGUUCAUAAGCCAGAAAUCUGGUUCUUGGUUCUAACAGGACCUGAUACUUGAUACACUUAGGUGUUAAUGUAGUAAACAACAUGGAUGGUAGUGAAAAGUAAGAAAAUCGGUAAGGGGAAGUAGUCCUUUAGGGUAACUUAGUAUACUAUCUUCCUCUUCUUUCAAGUUUGAACCUUAAUUAACUAGGCAAUGAAGAUAUAUGUUGAAAAGAAAAAUAUAAGGAAAUCAUGAGUCUGGGGCUUGAUUAUUAUAUUUUCCUUUUCUGUUUCACAAAGAACAACUCAAGUUUGUUUUGUCUUAAACACCCCACCCAUAGGCUUAUGUUGGCUACAUUCCCUAGAAGGCUAAUGAGAAGUGCUUAAUUUUACUUUAAAAUUCCUGUGUGUGUGUGUGUUUUAAUGGAAAGGGCUGAAUGGCUGUCUUAAAUUAUAUUUGAUUCUUACAGUAUGCAUUAUUUUUAUGUUUUAUUAAACCAAAAUUGGGUAUCAAGCAAAAGAAUCUAAUAUGAAGUGGAAUAUGAAUAAUAUGUGUAUUUGUAUGUAACCUAUAAGAUAUAUCAACUCUUCUGAUGAAUAAAUGAAUUUGUACCUUUGAA